CAUAAAGUCUGUCAUUUAUAUUUGUGUAAUAACUGUGUAAAAGCACAUCAGAGAGUUCGACUCACUAAAGACCACUAUAUAGAACGUAUUCAUAAUGGCAAAUUUCAUUCUCCUACAAUACCAGCAGCACCAUCACCCAUCUUACAUAAUAUUUCAUCGGACAAACCAGUUAAUUAUUGUGAAAAACAUGAAUUAGAAGUUUUAAGAUUAUAUUGUGAUACUUGCAUGCAACCAAUAUGUCGAGAGUGUACAAUGACUGAUCAUGUUGGCCAUAGUUUUAUCUACCUCCAAGAUGCGUUAGAAAAUUCCAAAACUAUAACCUUAAAACUUCUAGCUGAUGCCAAAGCAGGUAUUAAAGCAAUUGAAGAUAGCAUUCAUUUAACUCAGGGUAUGGGAGAGAGGGUGGAAAACCGUGCACAAUCAGUGGCAACAGAAGUAAGUACAACGACAAGACGCUAUAUGGCAGCCCUAGAAGAACGUGAACAUGACCUUCUGCGUCGCAUAGAAAAAAUAAGGCAAGUUAAAGCAAAGUCUUUGCAUUCUCAAGUUGAUGAAUUGAAAGUUGGACUGUCAUCAAUUUGUCAGACUGUAGAUGAAGUUGAAAAAAUGUUAAAUACGGGUAAUGACCUUGACAUCCUCAGAACCAAAGACAAAAUGGUUUCAGAAAUUCAGAAUAUGCGUCAUUUGCGAGGUCAUCUCGAACCACAUGAAGAUGACAGUUUGGUAUUUACACCGCCAGAUACUGCCCUAUAUAAUGCUAUCGGUAAACUUGGAUUUAUAAGUAGCAGUGCUUGUGCUUCCAAUUGCAUUGCAACAGGAGAUGGGUUAAAGCGAGCUCUGAAAGGAAAAUUAGCAGUUUUCAUUGUUCAUACAAAGGAUCAUCACAGCGAAGCUCGAGUGGUUGGGGAGGAUCCAAUUGAUGUCCUUAUUCAAAGUCCAGAAGGAGCCAUAUAUAGAACAGAAGUAAUUGAUCGUCAUAACGGAACUUAUACUGUUACCUAUAGACCACAGACAGAAGGAAAGCAUAUUAUAUCUGUGACUAUCAGAGGUAAACAUAUUAGAGACAGUCCUUUCACUGUCACUAUCAGAAAUGGUCGAAAUUAUGCCAUGGUGGGUCCAUUGAUACAUCAGUUCAGCUCAGAAGGGGAUGGAGAUGGGCAGUUAUGUAGACCAUGGGGUGUAUGUUGUGAUAGAGAUGGCAAUAUUAUAAUAGCAGAUCGUAGCAACAAUCGCAUACAAAUAUUUAAUCAGGAUGGAUGUUUUCGACACAAGUUUGGAUCUGCGGGUUCUAGAAAUGGUCAAUUUGAUCGACCAGCUGGUGUAGCAUGCGAUUCUCAGGGACGUAUUAUAGUUACUGAUAAAGACAACCACAGAGUCCAGAUUUUUACCAACACUGGUAAUUUCAUAUCAAAAUUUGGAGAAAAGGGUAAUAAAAAUGGACAAUUUAAUUAUCCAUGGGAUGUAGCUGUAGGUCCAGAGGGACGCCUGAUUGUCUCCGACACCAGGAAUCAUCGUGUUCAACUUUUUACCUCAGAAGGCCAGUUUAUCAAUAAGUAUGGUUUUGAAGGACCGUUAUGGAAGCAUUUUGAUUCUCCCCGUGGUGUUGCCUUUAAUAACGAUGGUCAUAUCGUUGUUACAGAUUUCAACAAUCAUCGUCUGCUUGUAAUUCAUUCAGAUUUUCAAUCUGCCAGAUUUCUUGGCACAGAAGGUAGUGGUAAUGGCCAGUUUUUGAGACCCCAGGGUGUGGCCGUUGAUCAGGAAGGAAACAUUAUAGUGGCUGACUCAAGAAACCACAGAAUUCAGGUAUUUCAACCAAAUGGCAAUUUCUUGUGUAAAUUUGGAAGUCCAGGUUCAGGGCCUGGAUAUAUGGAUAGGCCAUCUGGCUUGUGUGUUACUCCAGAUGGUUUGUUAAUUGUGGUUGAUUUUGGAAAUAAUCGCAUCCAGGUAUUCUAAAUAAUCCUCUGGGAACUAUUUUACAAUAUUAGAACUACAAUCAGGUGUAGAGAACUUAUUGUUAGACUUUGAAUAACUUUGUAAAAUAAUAAGAGUCAACUUUUUUCUUUGUUUCUUGGCAUCAGUUCUUGUUGAGAAUGACCUUCACUUUACGCUCAGGCCAGAAUGCAGAAUUGCAAGUUCUCAGGUAAUCUAGUUUGUGACGCCAAAGGCAUCUUUAAUGCUCAGGGAUUUUUAAUAUUAAGUAAUUUAGUUCCCGUGUCUCAAAGAGCCACUUCUUGAUUUUGAACAUUUAAUUUUUGUUUUAGCUUCCAAAUGCUAAUAUGAUUAUUUUUAUGCUUGGACACACGUCUGCUAUUUUUUGUCACAAAGUGUUUUGUUGACUUUAAAAAUGAAUAGUAUUUGUGAAAUUGUUAUUAUUAUAAAAUCGUACACACAUGUAUUUCAAACUUCAUGUGGAUAAUGUUUUAUGGAGUGCUUUAUACAUGAGCCUGCUCUGCUUAUGUCCAAGACUUGAGAUAUAAGUAUAAUUUGUAAGAUAUAUAUAGAUAUAUACACACCUUUUAUUAUACCAUACAAUAUCACAGAUAUUUAAGGUACUUAUAAUUAAACACAUUGUAUUUUAUUUGUAAAACAUUAUAAUACAUUACAAGCCUUUUCAUUCCUGUGUAAAAGGUCAUUCCUUACAGAUCAGGUGACCGAAUUAGUUUUAGUGAUAUACUUAAUAGCUAAUAUAUAUCUCUACCUCAGGAAUUUCAUAUUUAGUCAAGAAAGGAAAAGUAAGUUGAUUAAUUAUAAUGAACACACUAUAUUAUUAUGUAAUAUUUAAAGUAUUUGUUUGCAGCAUAUUAGAAUGGCAGCUAUUCAUUGUCAUUGUUACAAAUAAACAUCUGAUGUUUUGCAACUUCCACACAAUACACCUAUCACCUUAGUAAAAAGACACAUAAUGUAUUUUGAUGCAGAUUAUGCAUUUGUUUGGAAUUCUAAUGGAUAGAUGGCUUAAAAAGAGACAACUUCAUUGAAUUAGGUGAAAUUUUAUUUAAAGUACAAAUUUGAUAUGUUAAAUCUUUUUGUGAGAUGAGUAUGCAAAAAUUAUUAAACACUCCAACUUUUUCUUACUUUGCUAAAGUGAAAAUUUAAUCAGAUGGAAUUUGUCCCAUUACUAAUCAAAAUCAAACAUCAGAUUAACCCAAUUCAACACUUUGUUUUGACCUAAAUUAAAUAGGUCAUGUGCCUUUAAGAUAGGCCAUGGACCAACCAUAGGCUUGAUAAAUAGCAGAAAGUUUAAGUUGUACAUUUUUGCAUCAAUCCAAUUUCAUGAAAAUAACAGUAACUGGAGAAUCUUAAAGAUCUUUGUUACACAAAGAUGAAAGCCAGUGCAGAUAAAAAUUCAGAUCAAAUUUGACAAUUAUUCCAUUAUGCUCUAUUCCCUUUGUAAGAAUUAUAUUGACCCCAAAUUAUGUCAAAUACAGUAUACCUCUGUGUCUGUACCGUGUAGAUAAUUGUAGGGUUAGGCUAUUGAUACUUUAGUUUGACACAAAUUAUAUGUCAAAAUGCUUUAUGUGUCUUUAAAAUUUAAACAUUAUAAAUGUUAUCCAUCAAUAAAACCAGUAUUUUAUAAUAUUGGUUUUUAUUACAUGUAUAUAAAUCAGAUGUUAGACAUAUUUUGACAAUUUUUGGCAUUUUAGUUGAAAUCAGAUUUUGCCUACAUGUUUGCAAAUGGCAGGAUUUAUGUACCUUACAUGUAUAUAUUAUAUAUGGAGUUAUGACAUUUACUCACUUUCUGCACAGUUUUAAUGUGGUGCGCCAGUUUGACUUUGUCACUAGACAAUAUUGUUUGUAAUUAUUAAUCAUAUUUAUGUACUAUGUAAAAUGCGGGUAUGGCUUACAGCUGAGCUUCUUUGUUAGCAAGUAAUCACCAUUAUUAUAAUCUAAUGUAAAAUGAGAAAAAAAAUGAAAAAAAAAAUGUUAUGAACCUUGUAAAAAUAAUUAGCUUUGUCAAUGUAUUUGUAAAUUAUCUGGCUUUUGCCUGUGGUAUUAAUAUAUAUUAAUAUGGACUACCUCAAUAAAAUGUUAAACUGUUGGCUAUUGGUGGCUGGUAGCUCAUAAAUAAAUACAUUGAUUAAUAUUGAUUAAUAUAUAUAUAUAUAUAUAAAAUGUAUGAAUGUAUGUAAUUUGACGUGCUUGUAAUGUGAUAUACAGUAAUGAUAAUGCUGCUAUGCAGCUGACCAUUGUUUUUGUGUUUUUGAAAAAAAAUUGGCUGUAAAAUAUAGGUUCCAAUAAUUAAAGAUUAAAGAAAGUUAUGAAACUUUAACGUACAUUAUGCAAGAGCUAAAUCUGCCUUUUGCAGGUCUUUCUUUAGGCCUGAAAUGUUAUAUAAACUAUUAAUUAGACAUUUAUUAACAAAACAAGACCAUAAUCAACUCUGGAUGGCAUUGGAUACUCAAGAUUUUAACUACCGGUAGAUUAGAACAGUUCGCCAUUUAAGAAUUUAAUUUAAAAAUGGGAAAGCGAGGCUAAGUCUCGAAUAUACCAGUGCCCUGGUUACCACAAUUCACACAUCUUGUCAAAACUACAAACAGUAAUAACUUGGCUCAGAAUGAAGUAAUUUGAAUGAAAUUUUCAUUUUACAUUAUUUAUUUUUGAGCUAUUGUAGCAAGAAUGGUCAAUUCUUUAUCUAAAUCUUACAUAAUGUAUCUUUAAGUACCAGUAAUUAAUUCAAUAUUUUAAAUGUGGCAUGUAACUGUACAUACACAUGUAUGUAAGGUACAUUUAGAAAUGAAUAUUAACAUAAAAUAUACCAUAAUAAUUUAUAGUUUCUUUUCCAAUGUAAUUAAUAGCUAACCAGCAUCUUUAAUAAAAUGAUAUAAGAAAAUAAUUCACUUAUAUUAUUGUAAAAUCAAAAUUUAAAAAAUAUCUUUAAAAUUUACUUAUUUGAUUUAAAUAUUAGCUCAUGAGAUGAAAGAGAUGCAAGACUGGUAAUUAUUUUCAAAGUAAACACUUAAGUGAUUAAACUGAUUUGGACAAAUUACAUGUAGGUGAAAUUAGAGUGGAAAUUGUUCAGUAUGCUAAUGAAUACUUAUAAUGAGUACAAACCUCUUGUAUUGGAAAUGAAGUAAGGUUGAACUGGUUGUUACAACUGUAAUUAUGCACUCAUGUUUAAUUAAUUGUUCACAAUGUUGUAUUGUGUGAAUCGGGAAUGAAUAAUUCAUCUUUUGAAUAGGUCAGUGAUGAUGGUGAAUGGAAAACUCUGCCUCAAAGAUGCCUAAUUUGCAAUAGGCAAUAAUAAUAAAUGUGAUACAAGAGAAUUUAAGGUGCUGGGCCCUUAUUCACGAAAACUUAACUGAGAUAAAAUCCAAAUUUUAGUAAUUUGAUUGGAUAAUAUUAGAUUGAUUUUAGUGCUUAGCCAAUCAAAAUUGAGGUAUCUACUAAAAUUUGGAUUUUAUCUUUAGUUAAAAUUUCGUGAAUCAGGGCCCUUGUUUGAAUUGAUGAUGGAAUUGACUGUUUUGAAGUAAAGUGUUAUAUAUUAAUGAAAUGAUCUCAAAGCAUGUACAUCUAGCUGCUUAUGCAAAGCGUUAUCAAUUUAUACAAAUCAAGUAGAAAUUCUUUCAUUAUUUUUGGACCCCUAAUGGCAUUCUGUCUGAAAAAUCAAUGGAGCUCAUUAUUUUACCGCAUCCAGACAUAUGAGUAUACAUGUAUGUAAAUCGAACAAUGUUAGACAUGCACAACUUGAUAUACAUGUAGUAUGUAUUUGUUACAAUGCAUUGAUUUUCAAGUUCAGUAUGUCAGUUGUGUGAUCUCUUUGCCAUGAAAUUUUCAGCUUUAUUGUUUGCUUAGAGCAAACAAUUGUCAUUUCACUGAUGGAAUUACAGUGUUUUGUAUUUAUAAGUUGUUCAUUGUUUUGUGUACAUGUGAUAGAUCAAUUUUUUUUAAUCAAAUUCCGUGCAUUCUAGCUUCAUCAUUUGUAGGACAUACAUGUACAUGCAGCACACAUCCAGUUAUUGGGACUGUGUAGUAAAGAAUUAGACAUGGUAUCAGGAACCAUUCAAAAUGGCAGAAAUACUUUUGUUUUGAAAGAACAAUGAAUUAUUUCAUACAAAACAUCAAAAUGUCAGACUUCUGACAGACUCUUUGAUUGCAGAUGGCACAGUCAUUCUUGCAAACCCUACACAGUCCUCAUAACUUAAUGGCAGCAAAGAAAAAAACAAGUGUGUGGUACUUUGUACAUUCUUGUGUGUAUUAAGUAUAAAAUUUAUUUUAAAUGUUGAUUGAUUGCAUGUUAAAUAAUAUUUUUAGCUAAAUAACAAUAUUUGGUGUAACCAGUGGUAAAAGAUAAAAAGCAGUCAAAGACUCACUUUUUUUCGAUGCCAUGUUUUUCUUCAUGUAUUGUAAUUGUAAUUAUUGAGUUGCGCCGUAAAACGGAGAAGAAAUACAUCUUGGCGUCUAACGCAUAUUUACAUUUUCAUCUUAUUGUAAAAUAUUUUUUUUUGUUAAUUGUUUUUCUUUAAAAUACCUUUUUGCCAAUUCAAUUGUGGAAUUGUAACUAUAUUAUAUAUGUUUAUGUUAUUAGUUAUUUCAUAGUUUGUGAUUGCGUCUCGGUGAUUUUUUCAUAAUUGAAUAGAACUGCAAGUACAUGUAUUUGUAGAAGAUAAGGAGAAUAUUACACUCAUUUCUUAUG